UUUCAGCGCAAAAAUUCCGUCAAACAACUAAGAAUGGAGGGAGUGAUGGAGAAUGUGGGUGGUUUGAUGCAGAAUAUACGGAGAAGACAUAUGAGUAUUACGGAAAUGACUGAAGAAUCUGUACGUCUUGGUGUGGCACAAAUGGAUACUGGUUUUAAAAAAAUCAAGGAAAUGUCAAUAAUGGUAUUGGAGACGGGCCUACGCCUACCGGGACUCUUAUUCAUUGAAUUACUUUGGAGAUAUCAAGGAUUCUCAUUUGAAGAUAUUUCUGAUGAUAUGAUGAAACAAACUCCACUUUCAUAUUUUGACAUUCCAACUAUGCUGGAUUUCGUGCAUCGACGGAAUUUUGAUCAUCACGCCGCAAUCAUUUUGAGUUAUUUUGUGAUCUUCAUUAGUUUGAUGUUUCUAACACUUCCACUAAGCCGUCUCAUUCGAAUGUAUUCUCAUUUUCUGUCGGUAUUCCUUUUUGGAGUUGCAUACAAACUCUCUGCAAUCUAUGUGGAUUUGGAAAUGAAAACUGGAGAGGAAGAGUUGAAAUUGGAUGGUCUUAUCAAAUUGGAACGACAUGGUUUUCACUUUUUGGCUCAGAUGCUCCUAGUAGUGCUUCAGUCCAUGUUGCUCGAAGUAGACGGUGAGCCGUGGCGAGUUGCCUUGCCAGUUUUUGCGCUUCCGAUUGUUGCAAGAAUGUGUGGAUGUCCAAUGGAUAAACUCAAAAAUGCCCAUAACUAUGCUUGUACUGGUACCAUGAUCUUCAUUGCCACGUACAUGUUGUAUCGUGCACCAUCUCUGAUAAAGUCAACGAAAACUGCUCUCAGACAGAUCAAAGCAGUGUUUAUGGUUCAUGGAUUGGCUGAUGGAGUUGCAGUUUUGUGGAGAAAACUUCGAAUUCUAGAGUUGCUCACUUUCACGUGGAUCACCAUGUUCUUGAUGGUUCUUUAUGUUGAACUUAUUGAUAAGGGACGUACAUGGUCAGAAGUUGGUCGAAUUCUUUUGACUGGUGUUGCAGAGACAACAAAUACUCCGAUUACUUUGGCGGCUCUCGCUGUUUCAGUUUCAUACGUGUGUAAAUGGAUUGCAGAUUUGACGAAGUUGAUCACUGGGGGAACGAGAAGUCAUGGACAUGUACUUGCACAUUCUGGAUACACCGAAGCAGUCUCAGUUGUGAUAUUGUGCAUUCAAACAGGAUUCCUCGGAAUGCAAGUUGAACAGAAAACGAUUCUCCUUGCACUCGUUCUCUACAUCGUCAUCUCUGCCCUCCUUCAGUCACUUUUCGAGAUUAUAGAAGUCGUUCUUCUGAAUCUUCCAUCCUCACCAACUGCCUCAAGAGCCAGACAUGCUAGAUGCAUUUGUAUUGCUCUAUUACUGGUAGUUAUUCCAUUCUUCACCACAAAAACCAUGUUGGCACUUCUUCCAAUUGAUAUCUAUACUGCUAUUAUCAUAGCUAACAGUGCGACGGUCACCGCUCGUGCAAUUGGUGUCAUUCUAAAGUAUAUCGUGUUAAUUGUGGAGACAAAAUCCGAAGAGCCAUGGGAAGGAAUUGAUGAUUUAACUUAUUACAUUGACUGUGCCAAUAAAGGAAUCGAGUUGCUCGCCGCAAAAGUUGUCAUGGUAUUUGGUUGUAUGCAAGUCGUGAAAGUUGGUUUCAGUUUUGCCACAUUUGCCAUAUUGUUGUUCCAUGUCAUUGUCAACAUUUAUAAGAGAUUGGAGCACACUGUGAGCUUUAUCAAAAACAGAAAUGCUGCAGUCAAGAAUAUAAAUCGACUUUCAAAAGCGGACGUUGUUCAACUUAGAGAAAGAGAAGAUGUUUGCGCGAUUUGCUUUAUCGAAAUGAAAGAAGAAGCCCGAAUCACGCCGUGCAAACAUUAUUUCCAUGGACCUUGUCUUCGGAAAUGGCUUGCUGUCAAGAUGGUCUGCCCACUGUGCUACACGUACAUGAAAGAGGAUGAUUUCGACAGUAAAUCAUCAUCCUCGGGCACAUUGAACGAAGUACAACAGAACGAAGAAGGUGCUGCAGUCGAAGAGAAUCCAGAGAAUCCUGAAGAACAGCCAGAGGCACCAAAUGCGGAGAGAGCUCCCGGAGAUAUGUUUGAUUGGGAUGAUCUAUUCGGUUUCCGUGCGGAACGUGAAACUCGAAAUCGAAAUGAGCAAAGGAUUCAUGGGGCAAGAGAUAUGUGGCCUCUUCUCGUUGAUAAUGACGCCUACGAGAGUGAUUCGGAUGCUGGUUCGGAGGAGUUGGUCAUAGAGGAAGAAAAUAAUAAUUAAACUUUUAAAAAAUUGUUCAUUAUAUUAAUCUUAUUCCAAAUGUGCACACGCGGGUUGUGUACACGGGAAAUUGCACGUGUAUAUAAUAUAUUGUUUAAAUUGCCGGCAUUUGCUCAAUACUUGCUCGGGUUUUCACUUUCAAUGCCAAUAAAUUGAAUUUUUUACACCAUU